UUUGGUCCAGAAAUAGUGAUACUAUUAGAACCAUCGUUAAAUAACACGUUGCGAUUGUUACAGAAAAUGACUCUUGGCCUACUUUGUCUGUUAUGUCGUAGACAUUGAAUCUGAACGAAGAAAAGCGUGAGGUUAUAUUGACCAUAAAGUCAAGUCUCGAGUCAGAUGUUGAAACGUUACCUCUUAACCUGGUGGUUGUAGUUUUACCUGGGCUGAAGUGUUUUCUCACCACCACUGGAGACUUAGUCUACCGAGUGUAAGUUGUAGAGUGCUUGCCUGGUAAGUAAGUACUUAAUUGUGUUGCAUAUUUCGUUUCUGGACUUUGAGCAGAAUUUUAAUAGAUCGCGGAUUGCAUUUUCCAUACAACAGAAUACACAUAGAUGACAAUGUCAAGCGUCAUUGGUGUGGUCGAGGACUUCUCCAACAUAUCGCUGUACUUAACCCUGGCCACUGUCAGCGUAGUUCUUUACUGGACCUAUCAGCAGUUUGCAGGCACAGACAACUGGACCAAGUAUGGUGUCAAGCAUGCCUCCAUGCCCAUGGUGCAAAUCAAAGUCGGGCUACAGCGACUCAUCCAGGAACACGGAGACACUGUGGGCUUCAAAAGGAGUAAAAUGACUUUAGUGACCAGAGAUUUGUCCAUUCUGAAAGAGAUAAUGGUCAAAGACUUCAACAAUUUUACUGACCGGCCCAUAAGUUUAAACACACGUUCCCUAGUUAAAAAGGGAGUCUUCUUUCUGAAAGGACAAGACUGGAGGCGUGUCCGACAUAUUAUUACUCCCUCCUUCAGCUCAGGCAAACUGAAAACUAUAUUCAAAACAGUUGAAGAGAAAGCCACGGUGCUGACCAAGGUCUUUGAAGACUUUGCCAGAAAGGAUGAGCUGCUCCCAAUCAAAUACGUAACUGGCCAGUACACAAGUGAGAUCAUUGCUAGAACUGCUUUUGGUAUCAGUUCCGAGUGUCUAGGAAAAGAAGAUGACGAGUUUACCCAGUACAGCAAAAAAUUGUUUAAAUUUCAGGACAGUCGAUUCACCCUUUUACUACCAUUUUUUCAAAGGUUUCCCUGGAUUCAAACUUUAUUAGUGAAGUUCAUGGGAGUCCACGCGUUUGAUGGUGUAGCACGCGAUGCUGACCAGUACCUCGACUGUGUAUUGCGGAAGUCUCUUGCCGAAAGGUUAGAAGCAGAACAGAAAGGUCAGAGACUGCCAUCAGAUUUGCUUCAGAGUUUUAUCAACGCCAAAAAAGCUGGUGAUCAAGCUAUCAUUGAAGAUAGCAAAGAAACACAGUCUUCAAAUGACUUAAACCAAUCAACGGAGCUAAAGACUUUCAACAAAACAAUGACUGAAGAUGAGUUGGUAGCUCAGUCUAUUUUGAUCAUUUUCGCUGGCUUCGAAACUACUGCUUCCACUUUACAGAUGUGUUACUACAUGCUGGCCAGACAUCCUGAUAUACAGGAGAAACUGUUUGAAGAAAUAGAGAGUGUAGUCCAGUCUGACGUCCCGACGUAUGAAGAACUAUCUAAACUGAGCUACAUGGAACAAGUCAUCAACGAAACUCUACGGCUCUAUCCUCCAGUUAGUUUCAUUUCCCGGGAGGCAGCUGAGACGAAAACUUACGGCCACGUCACAAUUCCAAAAGGCGCGUCCGUUUUCAUCCCCAUUUUCUUAAUCCUCAAGGAUCCCAAACACUUUCCGGACCCGGAAAACUUCGACCCUGAAAGAUUCAACGAAGAGAAUACAACCAAACGAGAUCCCAUGGCCUUCAUACCCUUUGGCUACGGCCCCAGGCUGUGCAUCGGGAUGAGGCUGGCUUAUCUGGAGAUCAAAGUGGCACUAGCCAUCUCUCUCCGGAAAGUUCGUUUUGAGCUGAAUGAUAGGACAGAGCCAAAGCAAGGAGAGGAGCCAACAAUCAGAGGUCUGGGAAUCUUGGUGCCUGAUAAACCUUUUAGUUUGAGUGUUAGGUUGAGACAUUAAGUUAGAAAACAUCUUUGUUUGGGAGAUAAAGUGCACCUAAUGUUAACUUAUGAAAACCAAUUCCCCAGGGACAAUUUGUUUUACUCGGAACGUAAAUAUUCGUCCAUAGUUUAUUGCUAUUGUCACAUUAUUGUGAUUUUUUUCCCAUUAUUUUGCAAGGAAGGUACUCUCUCGCCUUUGUUUGUUACUGAAAUGAAAAUGUUCAUAUAGUUGAUUAUUUUCAGCAAAAAUUAUUAAAUGUCUGUCUGUCGUUCGCCUGUCCAGAUACCCAAACUAGAAAAGCUGCUAUGAAAUCCAACUAAACAAUAGUUGUCAGCUUGCGAAGUUCUGGUGCAAGUGUCUUUUUGUUAUUUUCUGACAGAGAAUGUUUUCAUUUAUAAAAUGUAAUAUGUAAGAUGGAUUUUUGUUUCAUAAAUAUCUACCAUUUAAAAAAAAAAUAAAACUAGGGACUAGGGAGUAUUUGAUAUUCCUACAAUGUAUAACCACUAACUGUCAGAUGACUUGGGCAGUGGUUUAUGUUAAUUUAAUUCUGACAGGUAGACAGACACACCGAGGGCUGUCCAUAUGUCCGAGUGAAACUCUCUUUCUAAUGUUAUUUAUGUUUAGUGAAUGAGUGUGGCAAUAUGUUUGAAAAGAAUUUUUUUUUCAAAAUAAUAAAUACCAAAGGCCAUUUACUUGUCGGCUGUUGUCAUAUAAGGCUUACAAACUCGGGGACUGCCUGGGAUGAAUAUAAUGGAGUUUUCUUUAAUUUAAAAAAUGUUAUCAAGAAGUAUGUUCUCGUAGAAAGACUAAGGCAAGCAGCAUAUUAUACUUUCUAUAUGUAUAUAUAUAUAUAAUAUUGUAGCCGCAGCGUAGCUAGGGAUUUGGGGCCGUGGGGGUCUUGAUAUCUUUAAGCACUCCUGCCUUUUGACAUUCGAUACCAUGACACGAGAUAAUGGCGUAAUAUUUAAUGCAAUUACUAACUUCGAACACUCAAUUUGGGGUCCCCCUCAAGUGGGGUUCCCUUGAUUGAGGACCACGGGGGGAUUUUUAAAUAAGAACCUCCCUUCCCCAGCCUAGCUACGCAACUGAACUGAUCCCUUCUCAGAUACUUCAUCCAGCUCAUAUGUUGUUGUUUCAUGUGUAAAAGCUAAAUCACGUGUCAUUAAUUCAAGACCUAUUGUUGUAUUAUACGUUAAAUUGAACUCUUUUUGAAGAAUGUGUUACUGAUUUUUCAUUGGAAAUAAAGAAAUCGUGACCAGAA